AUGGUGAUUUGUUCCUUUGUUUACCCUGUUCCCACAGCAUUUGGUAAUGCCAAGACUAUACGCAAUGACAACUCCAGUCGGUUUGGAAAAUACGUAGACAUUCACUUCAACAAGCAAGGAGCUAUCGAGGGGGCAAAGAUUGAGCAGUACCUGCUGGAGAAAUCAAGAGUUUGCAGACAGGCAGCUGAUGAGAGGAACUACCAUAUAUUCUACUGUAUGCUGGCAGGCAUGAGCCCUGAUCAGAAGACUAAAUUAGGCCUGGACCUGGCCACAGACUACAAUUAUCUUACUAUGGGAAACUGUACAGUGUGUGAGAGGAGGAAUGAUAUGAAGGAGUACUCCAGCAUUCUGUCAGCCAUGAAGGUCCUGAUGUUUACUGACACUGAAAACUGGGAGAUCUCCAAACUGCUGGCUGCCAUCCUGCAUAUGGGCAACCUGCGCUUUGAAGCUCGAACGCUGAAGAACCUGGAUACCUGUGUGGUGGUUCGCUCACCUGACCUGGCCAAAGCAGCCACGCUGUUGGAGGUGGACCCUCAGGACGUCAUGACAUGUCUGACAACACGUACACUGAUCACCAGGGGGGAAAGUGUGUCUACCCCUCUCAGCGUGGAGCAGGGGCUGGAUGUCCGUGACGCCUUUGUCAAGGGAAUCUAUGGCCGGUUAUUUGUGUGGAUAGUGGAUAAAAUCAAUGCCGCCAUAUACAGGGCUCCUUCCACAGAAAACAAGACUGUUCGCAGGUCUAUAGGCCUGCUCGACAUCUUCGGCUUUGAGGAUUUCACUAUUAACAGUUUUGAGCAACUGUGCAUCAACUUUGCAAACGAGAACCUGCAGCAAUUUUUCGUUCGCCACGUUUUCAAGCUGGAGCAGGAGGAGUACAACCUGGAAGAUAUCAACUGGCAGCACAUCGAGUUCACCGACAACCAGGAUGCCUUGGAUAUGAUUGCCAUCAAACCUAUGAAUAUAAUUUCCCUUAUUGAUGAGGAGAGCAAGUUCCCAAAGGGAACAGAUGCUACCAUGCUGAACAAGCUGAACUCCCAGCACAAACUUAAUACCAACUACAUCCCUCCUAAGCACAGUCACGAGACCCAGUUUGGCAUUCAGCACUUUGCUGGAGUGGUGCAUUAUGAAACUAAAGGUUUCCUGGAGAAAAACCGAGACAGCCUCCACAGUGACAUCAUCCAACUCAUGCACUCAUCCAAAAACAAGUUCAUCAAGCAGAUCUUCCAAGCUGAUGUUGCUAUGGUGAUGCCCUUUUCCAAUACCGAAUCCAUAUUUGCUCAGCAUUAAUAUGCUCACGAC